AUGCAUAUAAAUGGACAUCAUUCAUAUGCUCAAAGAUUUAAUGGAGACAAUUGUAAUCAUCAACAUAUGCAACUGAGUGUUUAUAUGAGAUUAACGAAAGCGGACAAUAAAUGCUACCUAUGUAUCUGUAUCCAGAGCAUGUCUGUUCCCUUAAAUAUCCUCGGAGUUUGGAAAAAGGUUGGAGAAGCUGACUGUUUGCAUGAAGCUAAUCCUGGGGAUCGAAUGAUAAUUUUGCUGGAAUCGGACUUUUUAUGUCUGAACAAUAAUUUUUCGAAACCAAAACUUCACUUUAUCGACAUUCCUGAAGAUGAUCAGUCUAUAGCUAAGACAGUUAAAUGUCAUAUGAUAAAAACGGUGGCCCUUGAAAGACCAAUAACUGGAAAAAUUGUAUUCAAAAAAUAUCUCAGUAAUUCAUAUUGCCAGACAGUAACUGAAGUAAAAAUAGAUACGAAAUUUACAGACUCAUCUUUAAAGAAAGACAGACUAUGGACUGUAGGCAGCCUGUAUGAUUUAGCCUCCCUUUACGGAUACUUUAAAUCUUCAUUCAAAUGGCACUAUUUCGCUGAGUUACUGGGUUUUACAUCACAAGAAAUUGACGAAAUUGAUCAGUCACUCUUGAAAGAUGAAUACUUUGUCACUGGUUGUAGUGAGGCCCAGCUGAGUCCUAUAACACCUAGAAGGAUUUUUUGGUUAUUAUUAUCAAAUUAUCAAAAGCUUGGUGGUAGUCUUUCUCAAGUUGCAAACAUCCUUUUAUCAGCUUCACAAAGGGACAAAAAGACUGAUGGUACUGCAUUAAUCCAUCGUAGAUGUCUUGAAAAUUUUGGAGAGAAUUCAAACAUUUGCAAUGAUAAAAAGCAAAACAAGCAGUUAGAUUUUAGUCUUUUCUCUGUCCUCAAGAAGGAUAUAUUUAGUAAUGCAUACAAUCAUGUUGAAUUCCUCAAUACACCUAAAAACCGUCUACAUCCUAAUCAAUCCAGAAGGAGUUUCAAUCAAGCCAAAAGGAAGAUAUUUAGAAAUGGUAGUCUUGACAGAAUGAUGAAUUGUAAACAAUCAUGGUUAAGGCAUGAAAGACGAAGGAACAGUUUACCGACGACUAGUCCAUCAGAUUUUUUCAGCCACUCCUCUGCAUUAUCAGCUUUUAAACUGGCAACAGAUUUUGAUAACUUUGUCGAAUUCGGUACUCCGAUAAAGCGGGCAUCAUCUUACUUACAUUCAGAACAAGAAAUACCUGAAAAUACUCCAAACAAAAGGCAGAGAACAGAAACUAACACUCAGCAAGUUAAUGAGCGGAUUCGUAGACCUAAGAUAUUGACUAGACGUCGAACUAGUAGACUAAUUCGUCAACCAAAAGGAAAUCAGACUUUACUACCGAAUUUAUGGCACCCACCAACUUCAUCACCAUCAAAGAAGACAACCGAACAUAUUUUAAAUGCUGUACAUGCUAAAAUUGAAGAAACUCGCCGAGAAACUGAAGAAAUUCAGAAAAAUGUUAAAUCAUUUCUGGAGACAUUACAGUCCCCAGUUAAGAAAGCAUCAGAUUUUGUUCAGUUUCAUCCUGAAGUUAAAGAAAACAAUUCAUUGUUUCCCUUCUCAGAUAAAAUUGUUCAAAAUGAUGAUAUAUGGAAUAUGAUUCACUUAUGUGAUAAUUCUAUAGCACCUAAUUGGAAAAGUUGGCUGAAAAUUUGCCAUCCAACGUAUGAUGAAUCUAGUCAGUCUGACAGAAUUUGGUCUAAGAUCCUGAAAUUCAGUGAAAUUGAUGAACGUUUAACCUCCUAUCUUCUUUUAUUGAAUUGGAUAGAAACUAAUUCAAAUCCAGCUUUAGAAGUAAAGCCAACUUUUGUUAAUUUAUUCCAACGAUUAAUUUGUUCAGGUUACUGUGAAUAUGUGGAGGUAUGUAAACAGAAUCUAUUUAGCAAGAUCCCUCUUAAACGAAGUAGCAUUUAUUAA